AUGGCCUUUGUCGAUGACAGAGAGGAUAUCUACUCGUUUGCUUUGACUGCAGUCAGCAAGUUGUUGAAGAAGAACAACAUCGACCCUGCAUCCAUUGGUCGUCUCGAGGUCGGUACCGAGACCUUGUUGGACAAGUCCAAGUCGGUCAAGUCUGUGUUGAUGCAAUUGUUUGGCGACAAUGCUGAUAUCGAGGGUGUUGACACUAUUAACGCUUGUUAUGGUGGUACCAAUGCCCUUUUCAACGCUAUUAACUGGGUCGAGUCGUCGUCUUGGGACGGUAGAAACGCCAUUGUCGUUGCUGGUGAUAUCGCCAUUUACUCCAAGGGUGCUGCUAGACCUACGGGUGGUGCAGGUGUUGUUGCUUUGUUGAUCGGUCCUGACGCUCCUUUGGUGUUCGACCCUGUUCACGGUUCUUACAUGCAACACGCUUACGAUUUCUACAAGCCCGAUCUCACUUCUGAGUACCCAGUUGUCGACGGUCACUUCUCUUUGACCUGUUACACUCGUGCUUUGGACCAAGCUUAUAAAAGCUACAACAAGAAGGCUGAGAAGAGACACUUGUUUACCGCAUCUGAGGAGAAGCAAGGAAUCAAGCGUUUCGACUACAGUGUUUUCCACGUUCCUACCUGUAAAUUAGUCUCCAAGUGUUAUGGUCGUUUACAUUACAAUGACUACCUGGAGAACCCUGCUGCCUUUGCCGAUGCUGAGAUCCCUGCUGAGGUCAAGUCUGUUGACUACGAGGCCUCUUUGACCGACAAGGUUGUUGAGAAGACUUUCUUAAAUAUUGCUAAGGAUGCCUCUAAGACCAGACUCGCUCCUUCUCUUAUCGGACCUACCAACACCGGUAACAUGUACACUGCCAGUGUGUACUCUUCCUUGGCCUCCUUACUGACCUUUGUUCCUGCUGACGAGCUUGCUGGCAAGAGAGUCUCGUUGUUCUCUUACGGUUCUGGCCUUGCCUCGUCGUUCUACUCCCUUGUCAUCAAGGGCGACAUUGCUCCUCUUGUCAAGAACCUCGAGUUCAAGAAACUCCUCGAUGACCGCACCACCGUAACUCCCACCGAGUACGAGGCCGCUCUCGCUCUCCGUGAGAAGGCCCAUCUCCAAAAGUCGUUCAAGCCCACCGGCUCCGUUGACGCCCUCCGCGAGGGCACCUACUACCUCACCGAGGUCGACGACAAAUUCAGACGUUCAUACGCCGUCAAGAACUAA